AUGUUUGAAGCGUCCACCACUUUUUUUCUCCUAUUGUGUGCAUCACAUUUAUACAGUUCAGAUGACCACCUUCCGAGCCAUCCUCACGAUUUCAGUUGCACCGCUAUCCGCCUUCUUCAAACGAAUCAAGUUCACACACUACGAUUCUUACCGUUUCAGUUGCAAUUCGAAGGCAUUUCAGUGUCCUGUUUUAUUCUUUUCUUCUUUCCUUCUUCAUUUAACCGGAUGUUCAGAUUGAAACAACAAGAUCAAUUUCAUCUUCUUCAACAGUCUCUUGCAUUCAAGAGGCAGUGAGAGGAGAUGGAGGUCAAGAGAGUGAUUGUGGGACGAAGAUUGGUAGUGCUGGUUUAACCCACGACAAAACAACUUUUCAAUUUCAGUUUUCGGUGCAAAAGGUGUACGUACCAAUCUCAAUUUCAGUACUUAUUUGCUUUUGUUGUGAUGGUUUAGGAGAUUAGGGCUCUGUAAGUUCAGAUUCAAGAUACAUUUGCUGGAUUUUCAAGAAACCUUAUGAAGAAUUUGUUCCAGGUUCCUGAUUUCGAGAGUUGACAUCGUGCAAUAAAGUAUGUGUGGAAAUAACUAAAUAUACAGAAAAAGGCUCAUUUUGUGAAGAAUGAGGAUCUUGAUUUGUAUUGAAGAUGGAUGAGUAUCUUUUUGGAUGAAGAUAAAUUAAGUCAUCUAAAGAUAGUAAGACACCCGUGAACAAGUGUAUACAAAGACUCCAGAAAUUCCACUUUUUUGCAGGCCAUCUUUUAGGAGAACAUAUGUCAAAGCUUCUGCAUCUGCCUUCUCCACCAUGUUUUAGGACAGUGAUUCCACCAUCGCUGCCACUUUCUCUCCGUUGAAGACUACAUCAACAUUCCCGAUGCUCUGAGUAUGAUGUGGUUGGACAUAAAUGACCGAUGUGAUUCUUAGUAAUAAAACCAUGAAAUUCUAAAAAUUUAGUUUCUUUUUCUAUUAUUUUUAUUUUCAUAACAUUGUACUUUCGUUUUUUCUAAUUAUGACAUUUUUCGUUAAAAACUAACCAACAAACGAUUUACGGAAACAAUUACUAACCCAUGACCAAAAUGAAUAUUUGGACCAACCAUGCGUCGUGCUAAGCACGGCCCUGAAACGUACCUAGUAUUAACAUAAAAAAAUGAUAUCCAGCAAUUAUUCUUUUUCGUUCGCUUUAACGAUUCAGCCAUGAAGGCUCCUUUAGAAUGUUUGGCUGGAAUGAAACUACAAACACAUUGGUUAGAGUGGCUGGCUUUAUUUGACAUGUUUUUCUUGUUUUUUGGAGUUUAGCAAGUAAAAUUGUCACUUUGCUACAGAAGUGUAAAUAAAUAAAAUACAUUUGUUAGAAAAUUAUUUGAGCUGUUUUAAACGACUUGCAUGGUUAUUUUGCAAUAAAGAUCAAACACGUUUGUUAGAAACAAAGAAUGGCCCUCCCUUGACACAAUUUAGUGUUUUAUACAAUAACAAUACAGUAAUUGUUAGUUUGCAACCGAUGGAACUACAAAAAAUACAAUGAUUAUACAUAAAACGCAUCCAUCCAUCUUAUAUAUACUGCUCAACCGUUAAUUGUGGUUUGAUCUCCUCUAACUUUGCCUGAAUAACUAACUAAUUAUAAGAUGCGCAUCAUAUCAUAUCAUCAUUAAAUUGAGUUAAUUUAGAUCUCAAUAAUUGAUAUAUGUAUGUAUGUAUGUAUGUAUGUUCAUCUCUUGGUCUUGCAGGUUCGAGCCAUGAGAGAACCUGACGGCGGACUGGUGAUUUGCAGGUCGCAAAGCCCGUGCAACCAAUAAGAGAAGUGAAUCGCUCCCAAACUUGCGCGCACUUUGAAAGUCCCUCGCACACUGUACAAAACUUUGUUGUUCAAUACCUGUUUUCGAAGUUCCAUUGCAUAAUUUGGUGGCAGAGUAACCAAGCUCGAUACGAAGUUAAUUGCCACCACGCCUGUCUCCUUUGGCCUUUGACUGAAUGGCCGGAUUGAUUGAGUCGCUAUCACACUGUCUUCGAAUAACAAUUCCAUAACAGACUGCUCGAACUUCACUUCCAGUUUCCUGUUAGGGUUUGAGAAGUUUGCCAUAAAAGUGAAAUCUCCAUUGAAAUUCCCAGGUGCAUCGAAGUAGAUGACGCUGAGGUUUGCACGGUUGGUGUCGAGAACAGGCGUUCUUGGCUUGACCACGAGGAAAACGAUCAAAGUGGCGAUUCCGAAGAAGAUGACAAGGAGGCUGAAGAUCAAACAUAUAAUCGCGCUGCACCAGAUAGCUGGAUUCGUGUGGCGGUGUCUUCUUAGCAAGAGCCUAUCGUGUGCUUUUGAUGUGAUGUGUUCAUAAGGGAACUCCAUGCCCAUGGUUGGCGUUGCUACGAGUUUGGUUAGAGGUGAUGGUUUCACGGAUGAUUGCUGUCGUGACAUGAAAAUACGUGACAUGGGAGACGGGGUGGUGGCUUUCGAUUGUGGCGAAGGCGUACAGUACACGGAUGGCGGUUCUGGUGGCGGUGAUGGCGGAGGUCGGAGGUGCGACAUCUCAAAAUUUCAAAUGCCAAACAACACCCAAUAUAAAAUUGAAGUAAUGAAGGAGAAACCAAAUGAAUCAUUGCAGCUUUAAAAUAGGGGUGAGUUUAAGCAAGGGAAAGCAAAAGGGGAAAGUAGGAUCUUUUUUGUUGAUUGAGAUUGAGAGUGGGGUGGUGGCUGGUGGGGCCACGGAGGUGUUUUUGAAAUACAAGAAAAGAAAAGGCUGGUGGUUCUGGUGGAGGUGGGGUUAGGUUUUCAUUUUCAAUAUUUGUCCUUUUAUUAGGUGGG